GUUAUUGUGCUCUCAACGGUGUCAGAACGACUUAAACUUAAACGCGCUGUGUGAACAAACUCGCCGACAACAACAAGUCUAACCGCAUACAUCAAAUUCAAAUUGAAUUUUAAACACAAUCUGACAAUAUGUUCAGUUCGCUUACAGCAUCCCUGAAGAACUUUGGCGACAAGACCGCCAACUUGUUCAGCAAGAAGAAGGAUGAGGCCGAGAAGAUGGCCAGCGACAAAGCUGUCGAGGCACAGCGGCUAGCCGAGGAGCAGGCCAAGAAGGUGGGACAGUCCGUGCAGCAGACCAAGAGCGAGGCGGAACAGUUGGCCACCAGCACAGCUAAGGACGCUGCUGCUUUGGCCGCUGCUGAAGCUCAAAAGGCUGGACAGGCUCUUGACCAGGGCGUCAAUCGUGCUGCUGGCGCUGUCAAUCAGACCAAGCAGGCUGUGGACAACACCGUGCAACAGGCUAGCAACGUUGCCCAGAACACCAAGCAGGCAGCAGCCAACAUUGCGGAAUCUUCACGCGCCGCCGCCGCCAAUGCUGUGGAUCAGACCAAAAAGGCCGCCAAUGAGGCAAUCAACAAGAGCGUCAAGGCCGCCGAAUCUGUAGCCGAUCAGAAGCUGAAGGAGGCCGAGGGCGCCAUCGAUGGUGCCAUGAAGCAAACCAGCCAGGCUGUGGACCAGAAGAUGCAGGAGGCCAACAAGUAUGUGGACCAGAAGCGUGGCGAGCUGGAGAAGAACGUUCAGGAUGCGGCUAGUCAUGCACAGGACAGUGCCAAUCAACAGGCCACACAGCUGUUGGGCAAACUGAAUCUUGGCAAAUAAGCAGUUUGCAGUUGCCGCUGCAGUCUCUAAUUAAAUUCUUAUGCAUGUAUAAACAAAACAGAAAAAGGCUAAACAAAAAAUUCAAACAUAACAUAAAUAAUAUUUGCUUCAAUGUAACGAGUGCCAGUUAAUGUGAUUGCUUGAUAUUGAUGUAUUACAUAUAUACAUAUAAAACUCAUGGAUUAUGUAUUUUUGUACAACGCUCUAAUUUUAUAUUUCAUGCAGCGCAGCUUUUGUGCACACACACAAUUUUAAAUUGUAAUUAAUAGUUUUUCUCUUCUUUCAGUUUGUUUCGAUUUAAAUUUGUUACCUUGAAGCAUUUGAUGUAAAAUGAAAAACAAUACUAUGAGCUAUGCUUUUGAUAAGUGAAUAU